UUUAUAUGCUAAGAAUAAGAGUAAUGUUCACAGUUCAGAUAGAUCCUGUGCGCUGGGGCCCCAAUAGAUAAUGGAGAGGUUUACCCCCACGCUCCCUCAUCCUGCCAAACUACCAGGGCUAGAAACCUGCAGAUGAGCUUGCUGGCUGUAAUACUCACCUCUCCACAAAAGUUGGAUAAUAAUCAUUAUCUUGAGGAUUUUCCAGCACCCAAUAUUUAAUUCUUCCCAAGAUCCCUUUGGCCCACACAGCCUUAACUCUAACCAAGCUAGAAUUGUUACGUCAUUCAGUGCUGCCCCGGCUGGGUCUGGAACUUACUUACCUUGACCAGCCAGAGCUUCAAAAUGUCCGACUUUCUCACCUUGCCCUCUUCAAUUAACCCUGAGAAAAUGGCGACCACAGUCCUUGUUACCGGCGCUACUGGCCUCCUGGGACGCCAGGUAUUCAACCUGUUUAAACGCUCGGGCUGUCUCACCGUGGGCCAGGGGUUCUCACGGGCCAAUCCACCUACCAUCCUCAAAGCUGACUUGGAGAAGCCGGAGGAGAUCAAGAAUCUGCUGGAUGAAGCUAAGCCUCAGAUUGUUAUCCAUUGUGCUGCCAAUCGUUCACCAGAUCUGUGCGAUAAGAAUCCCGACCAAGCACGCCGCGUCAACGUCGACGCCACUCGGAUCCUCGCAGAAGCAACCUCUUCCCGCAACAUUCUCCUGAUAUAUAUUUCGACGGAUUAUGUAUUCCCUGGCACCGAGGGGGAAGCACCCUACGAGGCCAAUGCGGAGACCAACCCCCCAAACCUGUACGGUCAACUCAAGCGUGAUGGGGAGAUCGCUGUGCUCGAGGCUACCAAGGAGAGCGGACUGGGCCUCGUUCUACGGGUUCCGGUGCUCUACGGCAUUAGUGGUCAUAACUCGGAGAGCGCCGUGAACACCCUGGUCGACGCAGUGUGGAAGGCUCAGGAUGCGAACGCGGGGGUGACAAUGGACGACUGGGCUCAACGGUAUCCCACCAACACCGAGGAUGUCGCGCGAGUGUGUAGGGACAUUGUGAUCAAGUAUAUCAAGGAGCGCCAUCGAAUCAAAGAACUCCCCAGGAUCCUCCAGUUCUCCUCCGAGGAUCGUAUGACCAAGUACGAAAUGUGUGAGAAGUUCGCGGACGUGCUGGGGUUGUCGUUGGCAGGGAUGAUUCAGAACAAGCAAGGAAACGACCCAACCGCCUCGGUGCAACGGCCCUACGACACUCAUCUUUCCACCAAGGAAUUGAGGGACCUAGGCAUUGAUGUGCACACCAUUGAUUUUGUCGCGUGGUGGCGGAAACAUCUGGGACCACACAAGAAAUGAGGCGUUCCACCGAGUCAGUAUCCAAAAAAAGAAAUUUAGAAUAAAUAAUUUGCCAAGCGGUCCAUCAGUGGAAGGAGGGACUAAUAUAAGAAAUGGAGUACGAGGAUCCGUAAUUGGAGAUAGGUGAGACUGUGGUCAAACCGGCGCCGUCCUUUUUGUAUAAUCAUCUCGCGUCAAAAUGUGGAAUGUGGAAUAAAUUUAUCUCGUCCAAUUGAUGUACAGGAAUUAUUGAACCGGGGGGGAUAUUUUGGUCCCAUC